GCAGCGCUCUAGAUGGGGGAGGGAGCCCGCUUCCAAGCGAGAAGCGCAUUUACACUGCGCCUUUUGCCUUCGGUUUGGCAUGGAGAGUGCAGAUUCAAACAGCAAACUCCGAAUCCGCAGCAAUGCGCCGAGUGCGGAGGGAACUAUUCCCCCUUGCGACGCUGGGUGGGGAUAUUGGCCACGGACCGGCCGGUGGCUCUGCCCGCCGCGUCUGCAGGCGCAGGGAAACAAAAAACCCGUGUGAGCUGCUGGGGAGCGCGGCGGGCACGGGUCGGGGUGCUCGGAGGCUUCAGACCCCCUUACCUCCGGAUUCCGGACAAGCACCGCUCUGCCUCGGACCCUGCUUAAAAAUGCUGGGAGGCACGGAGGACGGUGGAUGGCUUUUCUGGAGAGUAAUGGCGUGUGUGGGAUGGAGCCGAAACAGCAAGAGGCAAGUGAUCUUCUUUAUUCUGUGCGUUUGCGUGUGUCAGAGCGGGGCCGAAAGCCUCCGCUAUUCUCUGGCGGAGGAAAUGGAGAGGGACUCCUUUGUCGCCAAUAUUGCAAAGGACCUGGGGGUUUCUCCGAGCCAACUGGCGGCUCGCAAGGCCCGCGUUGUGUCCGAGGGGAACGAGCAGCUUUUCCGCCUCAAUCAAAACACCGGAGCCCUGACGGCAAAGGAGUCGCUGGACCGAGAGGAAAUCUGUCCGCAGAGCGAUACGUGCACACUCUUUUUUAAGAUAUUCUUUGAAAAUCCGUUUCAGCUGAUCCGAGGGGAGGUGGAGGUUCUCGAUGUGAACGACAACUCCCCCGUGUUCCCGGAGAAGGAGAUGGUUUUAGAGAUCCUGGAAACGGCAUCUCCUGGGUCCCGUUUCCAUCUGGAAAGUGCCCAGGACAAGGACGUGGGCAGUAACGGUUUACAGAACUACAGCCUCGAAUCCAAUUCGCAUUUCUCCCUCGCUCUCGAAACAGGGAAAGAUGGACUGAGAUACGUGGAGCUCGUCCUACAGCGCCAGCUGGACCGUGAAGAGCAGCGAGAACUGAAUUUACUUCUCACCGCCACCGAUGGGGGCUCGCCACCCAGAUCGGGCACAGCCCAGGUCCGGAUCGUGGUGGUGGAUGCCAAUGACAACAUCCCGGUCUUCCGUCAGGAGGUCUACGAGGUGCGCCUGCCCGAGAACAGCCCCCCGGAGCAGCUGGUAGUCAGAGUGGCGGCUGCGGAUCCCGACGAAGGGUCCUACGGAAAAGUGCGGUACGCCUUCACGCAGACAUUGGAGAGGUCCCGGCAGCUCUUCGAGCUGAACCCUGCCACUGGGGAGAUACGGGUCGCGGGCAACUUGGAUUUCGAGGAAGCGAAAAUGCACAAGAUGGUGGUGAAAGCCAUGGACGGCGGGGGGCUGUCUGCGCAUUGCAAAGUGCAGGUGGAGGUCCUGGACAUGAAUGACAACGCCCCGGAGAUAGUGCUCACCUCCGUCACAGCCUCCGUUCCCGAGGACGCCCCGCCCCGCACCGUGGUGGCCCUGUUCAGUGUGCGGGACAAGGACUCCGGAGACAACGGCAGGACAGAGUGUUCGAUCGAUGGGGACCUGCCCUUUAGCCUCACCCCCACUUUCGAUAAUUACUACGAACUGAGAACAAAUCAGGCGCUGGACAGGGAGAGGACGGCGUUGUAUAACAUCACCAUCACAGCCACGGACUGGGGCACGACGCGGCUGAGCACUCAGGAAAGCAUAUUCGUGCAGAUAUCGGACGUGAACGAUAAUCCCCCAGAGUUCACCCAGGAGGUUUACACCAUGUCGGUCGCGGAGAACAGCAGCCCCAUGCUCCGGAUCGGCAGGGUGAACGCGACGGACGCCGACGCAGGAAAAAACGCUCGCGUAAACUACACGCUGGUGCCACAGGAAGGCAAAUUGCAGCCCGACGUGUCGGUCAACUCUGAAAACGGGGAUGUUUAUAUCCUCCGCCCGCUGGACUACGAGGAGGUGCGCGCCUUCGAGGUGACGGUGCGCGCAGCCGACGGCGGCUCGCCGCCGCUCAGCGCCCAGGCGGUGCUACGCGUGGUGGUGCGGGACGAGAACGACAACGCACCCGUCGUGCUGCACCCGCCCCCCGACAGCAGCGCGGCGGCGGGCGAGCUGGUACCGCGCUGGGCGCGGGCGGACUACCUGGUGGCCAAGGUGGUGGCGGUGGACGCGGACGCGGGGCAGAACGCGUGGCUGUCGUACGAGCUGGCCAAGGCGACGGAGCCGGGGCUGUUCCGCGUGGGGCUGCACAGCGGCGAGGUGCGCACGGCGCGGGCCGUGUCGGAGAGGGACGCGGUCCGGCAGAGGCUCGUCGUGCUAGUGCGAGACCGCGGGCAGCCGCCGCGCUCCGCCACCGCCACCCUCGGCAUCGCCCUGGUGGACGGCUUCUCCGACGCCCAUGUGCGGGUGAGUGAGGAGGCGCCGGCUGCCGAGCCCGACGGGCCACUGACCCUGUACCUCAUCGCCUCCCUGGCCUGCGUCUCGGCGCUGUUCCUGGCGACCGCGGUGGCAGCCGUGGUGGUGAAGAUGCGGCGGGCCAGGCGGAGCCAGGCGGAGCCCUUGCCCACGUUCCCAAAGGCUGCCACGGAGAGCAACGCGGGCUCCCUGCCCCGCAACUACGUGUACGACGUCUGCUUCGCCGCCGGGACAGUCAACAGCGAAUUUCGGUUCCUCAGGCCCCUCUUCCCCUGUUUCCCCGCCGGGCUGCCCCCCGGUCCGGGCGAGCAGCGGAGCUCGGUGUGCUCACAAGAGGCAGCCAGCCCCAGGGGAGAAGGUGACUGGGCUGCACAGGGCAGAGCUCCCCUCCCCGAAGACACGGGUCCCAGACCUGCGGAAGCAGCUUGCUCUGCAAACAAGGGGAUGGAGCUAAAUAUCAAUUCUGAUCAAAACCCUUGGGUCAGCCAUCAGUAAGUGAAGAGAAAAACAAGCAUCUCUGUCCUCACUGGCUAACAUGCUCACGGGGAAAAGUGAACGAAGAGACCAAACACCCACCAAAAAAAGUACCAGGGAGAUACAAAGCUUCUCUGUGAGAGAGCAAAAACACUCUCCUCUUGAGCAGUACUUUAUUCAUGUAGGUAUUUUGUAAUUGUGAUGUGGAUGGAAGACGAGGACUGUGUUGCAUGUUGAUUACACUUAGACCUCAUGUGUGAUUGUGAGAGUGCUACCGCUUCUAAAUGUUAAGGGCAGUACUGAGAACUGGAAGCAGAUCUUCAAGAUAACUUUUUUCUACAUCACCUUUUCUGUGUUUUUUCUUAUGCAGAGGGAUCUGUAAUAAUGUCUUAAUUUCCUGCAGCCUGUUCAAUACCAAACAAUAUUAAGCAAAAUUAAGUGGUGCUUGCAAAGAAAUUUCUUAAUAACAAGCAGAAGCUGAUUACAUUACAAACGGCUGACAGUGGCACACUUUGUGUAUUUGAUCAAGAGUUUACAGGUUCUCCACACUGCAGAGUGGGCUUUGAGCAAUGUGCGUUUUUUUUCCCUUCAUAACGUGAAGUUGAAAUUAACAUUUCAGAAUUUUGGGGUAUAUAGUAGUAGAGAAUUAAAAAUACUGUCUGUAGUUUUACAGUAAAGUAGGCUAAACCAUUUACAAUAAACUUAAGGUAUAGUAGAAUAUAGGGCGUCAAUAAGCUUUCAGUUUUUCUUUCAUUAAUCAGUAUUGAUCUAUAAUGUGGUAUUUCCCGUCGCUCACACAUUUUUUAGAGCCAAAUGCCUGAAGACAGAAAACAAUAAAACCUACUUGAAAGUCCCUCAGGUGAGUGUGCGGUCUCGAAGAUCACUUCUCACAGUCAUCGCUGAGGAAAUAGCCACCCCAAAGAGCAGGAUUUCGGGAAUAAAUCCCUGCAUUUGGGAUGGAAUUUAUGCAGGGGAAAUCAGAGCGAUCUGGAAAGUAGGCUGCUCUCAGAAGCCAGAGUAAGGUGGAGGGGCCUUUUCUGAGCCAAGCUGAGGUUUGAGAGAUGCUGCCUCCGGCCUCUUUACGAGGGCUCCCAGCCCUGAGAGGUCGUGAACUGGGGGAACAAUCUCGGUCCCUUCCAGAAACCCACCGAGAAUUACUACAUGGCCAUCGCUGCCAUGCGUGGUUCAUGGACCAGCUCACUCUGGAUG